GUGUCCGUGCCACACUAUAAAACCCCGGGAUCUGAGAGGAGAGCAACAAGACAGGGGCAGCACCGAGGUGACAGCAUCCAGAGACCAGUCGAGUUAUGGCCAAAAUGCUGAAAUCGUGGGCGAUGUUUGCCGCGCUCGUCCUUUGCCUUCUGGUGUGUCUGAGCAGCUUUGCGGACGCCUACCCCCCCAAACCGGAGAGCCCGGGGAGCAACGCGUCGCCGGAGGACUGGGCCAAAUACCAGGCAGCUGUCAGGCAUUAUGUCAACCUCAUCACCAGGCAGAGGUAUGGGAAGAGAUCUUCCCCUGAGCAGGCGGCGGCUUGGCUGCUGUUUGGGGCAGAUUCAAGUCAAGAUGCAGAGCCUCGGUCUGACUAUGUUGAACCGUGGUAAAUGAGCUCAACCCUACAGAGAGAGACUCCCUGCACUGGACAAGUCCUCUAGAUUUGAUUAUUUAAUGUGCAUGCAAAUUUCUUUCUCUCUCAUCCUGUUUGUCUGCUGCUGUCAGUAAAUGUAUGUACCUGUUCUUUCUCCAAAUUUGUAAAUAACUUCUGUUAUGUAAAAUAAUCUCUUUACAAUAAAGAUUAAAGUGGAUUUAAAAGUU